UCAAGUAAAAUGAAAGUACCUUCACAUAUUCAGCAGCUUCAUGGAGCCAGGAUUUUCAAGACCUAUCCAAGUUACCAGGGCCACGUCCCCUUUCCUGUGGCUCCACCCUCUUUGACUCUUCGACUGAGAAAAACGUCAGUGUUGUCUGUAGCAGAUGCGUGGUGUUCUCCCCCAAACCCGCAAGACUUAAUGAAAACCCUAGAAGGUGGGAACCUGUGGGAGAGAAGAGAGAAAAGACAACUUUGCAAGGUUCCUGGGUGGAGCUACCCAUGAAUAGCAGCAAUGGCAAUGAUAAUGGCAAUGGGAAAAAUGGGGGGCUAGAACAUGUACCUUCCUCAUCCUCUAUCCACAAUGGAGACAUGGAGAAGAUUCUUUUGGAUGCACAACACGAAUCUGGACAGAGUAGUUCCAGAGGCAGUUCCCACUGUGACAGCCCUUCCCCACAAGAAGACGGGCAGAUCAUGUUUGAUGUGGAAAUGCACACCAGCAGGGACCAUAGCUCUCAGUCAGAAGAAGAAGUUGUAGAAGGAGAGAAAGAAGUGGAUGCUUUGAAGAAAAGCGUAGACUGGGUGUCUGAUUGGUCCAGUAGACCUGAAAACAUUCCACCUAAGGAGUUCCACUUCAGGCACCCUAAACGUUCCGUUUCUCUAAGCAUGAGGAAAAGUGGAGCCAUGAAGAAAGGGGGGAUUUUCUCCGCAGAAUUUCUUAAGGUGUUCAUUCCAUCUCUCUUCCUCUCUCAUGUUUUGGCUUUGGGGCUAGGCAUCUACAUUGGAAAACGACUGAGUACACCUUCUGCCAGCACCUACUGAGGGAAAGAAGAGCCCCUGGGAAAGCGUGUGACUUGUGAAGUGGUGUAUUGUCGCAGUAGUUUAUUUGAACUUGAGACCAUUGUAAGCAUGACCCAACCGACCACCCAAUUUUUACAUAUCCAAGUUACAGUAACUCUCAAAUCCAGUAUUUUAUUCAGACUCUGUUGAGGCAUUUUACUAACCUCAUUCCCUUUUUGGCCUGUAAAACACUUUAGAAUUUCCUAACAGAGUUUCCUGUUGUUUAGAAAUUUGCAAGGGCUUCUUUUCCGCAAAUGCCACCAGCAGAUUAUAAUUUUGUCAACAGUGCUGUUGUCUCCUUUUAGUACCACCAGACUUAGACCUGCAUCAUUCAUGGUAUAAAUUUUACUCUUGCAAGGUAACUCCCAUCUCUCUCUGAAAACAAGAUCAGGUGAGCAAAUGAUGUAUAAAAGCUUAGUUGUUUUGUUUUUCUAGACAAAGGCAAGCUUCCCUGAGCUUGAAUUUAUAGUUAUUAAAAAAAGAAAACAAAAACAAGACACAAGGAAAAAAAUAUCCUGGGCAAUAAAACAUUAUUUUAAACCAGCUUUGGAGCCACUUUCUGUCUAAGCCUCUUAAUGGCGCCUUUUAAUUUGUAGGAGGCAGGCUAUAUAAAAGAUAGGUGUGAAAUAGAAGAACCAAAAUACAUCAGCAGAUUUUAAUACUAGUAUGUUAUAAUGCUGUCUUUUCUAUGGUGUAGAAUCUUUUAUUUCUGGUAAGGAAUGUCUCAGGCCUAGAAAUCUAUGAAAUUGUCUUGGGGAUUUGUUUGUGUGCAUUUGGUAUUUUUACGUUUUUAUUCAGUGCAUGUGAAUUUUUCCUGACUUUAAGUUUUUUCUUUCCUUUUUUUUUUUACCUUGUUUCCUAAGAGGCUUUGGAAUGAGUCCCAAUAUGUGGUAUAAGUACUGGCUUCUUGUUUCAGGAAGCAUCACUUACACUCCAAAGCCUUUAAACUCUGAAGAUAAUUGUUUCAGAGUUAUUCCAAGCACUUGGGCAACUUUGAAAACCAAACUUGGGUUGUGGGAACAGUUGACAGAGUUCCAGAGAGAUGCCAUUCUGCUCGCCCCUUUCCUGGUUUUUACUGUACACCCUUCCCGAGGGCGAUCCCUGUUGAGUCUGCAGACGCUGGCCAUCUCCCCCUGUAGCCAUCGUUUCAGUUUUGUUCACCCCUGAAUUUCCAGAACACUCAGCAACUUCCUCUAAUGAUACACUUCUUGUGUUCGUUUUUCAAAUGUGAAGCCUUAGGACCAAAUUGUUAGAAAGUAUUAGGGUUAUGGAUUAUUUCAAGUAGGUUUAUUGGAUUUAUGAGCACAUAGCAUGACUCUGAAGGAUACUGUUAUAUGUUUUAUAUAUAAAUAAUUACUUUUUAUGGUAUAGACAUUACUGUUGAAUAUUUAGAGAACCAUUGUUAAUUUGAAAACUAGCAGUCUCUCUAUUCAGCCAAUAAGGAGUAUCAGGUUGACUUGAAUAAAAGCACCGUGACAACCAGGUUUGCUAGUUUGCAGAAACUAACUCUUUCCCUCACAUCAAGUUUUAUAAAGUUGAUGUGUUAUAGUGGAAAAUAACAGAUUAAACAAAAAAAAAUUAUUUCUAACUCUUUAUUCAAGAAUAUAGCUGGCUAUCUUUAAGAAAGAUGAUAUAUCCAAAUAGUAUUCUGAAUUCAUUUACUUUUUCUUUCUAGAUUUUGGUGUCUAAAUACUUUUGGACAUCUUUUUAUCAUACCUUUUUCUCUGUCUUAUACGCAAAUCUGAUAACACUUGAUUUGCCUUCUAAAACCUAUUUAUUUCAAAUCUUCAUAUUUUAAUUUCUUUGGGAAGGAAGUAAAUUUGGUGGCCCAUUGAUUUUUUUAAAAGCCUGAAUAAAAUUGGAAAGGCUGGUAAAGAGAACUAAAUAGCUAAACUGUUAUAAUAUACAGUUUGCACUGCAGUUUGUAUCAUGGGAGGGGAAAGUAAAACUAUACUUAACAGAAAAAGCAGUUUUUUAUAGGCAACACAUUGCUUUCUUUUGAAAUGCAGUAGUAAUCCUUUCAGGGUGUGAUUGAAUUUGAGUAUAUGUAUGAAUUUUUUCAACAUGGAAAAUAAAUUUAGUCCUGCCCCUUUUCUUAAAAUAGCUGUGAAAUUUUGGACAAUUGCUUAAAACAUGAACACAUGAUCACAAGUAGGACUUAAUCAUAAGAUGAAAUCAUGCCGUAUUUAUUGAUAACCCUAAUGUAUGGGAGAAAUGUUUAUGUUCCUACCCAGAUUUGUGUUGAAUGGAAAUAGAUUGUGUCAUUGGAAAGAAGAAUUCAACAAUUAACAGUUGACAUUUUAAAGAUUAAUGUUUAAAAAGCUUUACACCUGUUUACAAUUUGGGGACGAAAAGACAGGCUUCAUUUUUCUUAUGUUUGAUGGAAACUGGCUUAAAACAUUUGUAAAUAUAAUCAAGAGCAAAACUGCACAAAAUCGCACGUUGAAAAGUGCAGCAAGUUACUUUGAUUGCAGCAAAAACAUUUACUGUCUAAAAAAUGAAAACUGAAGACCUAGCCAGUCAGAUGAAUUUUCAAACGAACCAGUUGUUGAAAUUAUUGGAAUUAACUGAGCCAAAGUGAUUAUGCAUUCUUCAUCUAUUUAGUUCGCACUUUGUAUCAUCAUAUACAGUUUACAAUUACAUGUAUAACUUGUAGCUACCAACAUUUUGUGCCAUUAAAGCUCUCACAAAACUC